CCAACAACACGUUUAGUGUUAGCCUGAACUGGGUGUAGACGCCGUGGUAUCCCAUGUUCAGUGUUUAACAGUGUUAGACCGAGCACAGUUGCUUGAUGCCCAAGGUUUAAACAAUAAAACAAGUUAACUUUAACGACCAAACAUGGCAUUUCAGAGUCUCAGAAGGCGAAUCGUCGGCUCCUCCGUGGACCAGCAGUCGGACAACACCAUCUCCCUGACCAGCGUGCUGGACCUAGUGGACCCGGCCAUCCGGGCACAAGGGGAGCAACUCUUUGAUCAGUUCGUCAUGAGCCAGGUCAAGUCGUACGAGGUUAUCGGCCCCUGCGUGCAGUCCAUACUCGCACCAAGGACUCCAACACCUGUGGACAGGACACAAAUCAAUGACGCGUCUAAUCGUCUGUGUGAACUGGCGACAAGAUUCGCUGAGACAGAGGAACGAAAACUCGUGAAGGAAACAGCAGUUAUGUUGAGUUCAAACAUGACCGGCCAGGAUUUGGCCACGAUACUGACCACGAUGAUUGGCAGGACGAACCAUCUGGAGGAAGGGAUCGUUGUUCUGUUUUAUUUCUGCUUUGACAUCAUUCUGCACAGGAUGACAGCCAAGUGGGGCAAUGCGCUGGAGGUGGUCAACUUGUGCCGGUCAAGUCUGGUUCAAAUCCUGGGGCCUCGGGUUCAAGCUAGUGGAGGAUGGGGUAAGGUGUUUACCAGCGGUACCAGGGGCGGUGCCAUGCUGGGUCUCUUCGCCACGGGGAUGUUCGUGCUCUCAAGGAUUGGCCCUGGCAUUCUGCUCAUCUUAUGAGACGCCUUCAUGACUAUUUUUUUUAUUUCACUUUGUUUCAUGUUAAUUUAUAACUAGCAACAUCACUUUAACUAUAUUAUUACAUGUCACAUAUUUACUUGAAUAAAAGUAUUAUACUUAUCGAAUAAUUGCAAUGCAGCUAAUACAUUAUUUAUAAAAGUUGCAAUAUA